AUGGCAAAGCUUAUUCUCCUUACAGGCUUGGCUGUUCUGCUGCAGGUGCAGCUAGGUUCAGCCUAUAAGCUAGUGUGCUACUUUACCAACUGGUCUCAGUAUCGACCAGAACCAGCCAACUUCUUCCCCAAGGAUGUGGACCCAUGUCUGUGCACACAUCUGAUAUACGCUUUUGCCACCAUGAAUGACAACAAGAUUGCUCCCUAUGAAUGGAAUGAUAUUGAUGUCCUGUAUCCUGAGUUCCAAGCCCUGAAAGAACACAACAAAGAUCUGGUCACUUUGCUGGCUGUUGGUGGCUGGAACUUUGGCACUCAGAAAUUCACCGCCAUGGUCUCCUCAGCUGCCAACCGAAAAAUCUUCAUCUGUUCUGUCAUUGACUUCCUUCGUCAACAUGAAUUUGAUGGCAUUGACUUGGAUAUCGAAUAUCCAGGGUCCAGGGGAAGCCCACCUGAGGACAAACAGCGAUUCACCAUCCUGAUUAAGGAAAUGCUACAGGCUUUUGAAGAAGAGGCUGAAGAAACAGGAAAACCCAGACUGCUGAUCACAGCAGCUGUGUCUGCUGGCAAAGAGACCGUUGAUGAAGGAUAUGAAAUUGCAGAGAUCGGAAAGCUUCUUGAUUUCAUAAGCGUGAUGACCUAUGACUUCCAUGGUGGCUGGGACUCAUGCACAGGACACAACAGUCCUCUGCACUUAGGAUCCAAGGAUCAAGGAAACAUGCGUUACUUCAACUGUGAAUAUGCCAUGAAGUACUGGAGAGACAAUGGGGUUCCUUCAGAGAAGCUCAUCAUGGGUUUCCCCACCUAUGGGAGGACCUUCCGGCUCAGCACUUCUGACACCUCAGUCUGUGCCCCAGUCUCUGGAGCAGGGUCAUCUGGUCCUUACACAAGUGAGGCUGGCUUCUGGGCUUACUAUGAGGUAACCACCAUGGCUAAUUCAGGCUAA